UUUGGUGGUUUUGAAGUUUUAUAGCGGUUAAGGUGGUGUUGUGUAUGUAAUUUUACCAGAUCCUAUAAUUAAGGUAAAUAAUUUACAACAGAAAGCUAACUAAAGAAACAUUGUACGGAAGAUAAAAAACAAUAAACUAUUUCUUUAAUUUCGUUUCGGGGGCGUUUGAAAUUCAAUCUUUGACAGAUGACAAGUUUAAUGAACAUUUUCUCUUAUAAAUACUAAUUUAUUUAAUUAAAGAGUUUAUUACUGGUUUGUCCUCUGCUUACUAAGUUAAGUGUUUACUUUUUAAGAUGUGGUGAAAGUGUCAAAUGCGUCCAAACACGAAUUGUAAAUACUGGAAUGUAGGUCUGUGUUACAUCUUGAAGAGUUAGAAUAUUCGUAAAUGGGAUGAAUGAAGAGGAUCUUCUUAAAAGGUCAGCUGAAGAGCGAGAAAAAAUAUUCAAGAGGUAUGAGCAAGGCAGAGAAGGAGCAGAAAUUGAUCCUUGGGAAGACCCUGGUUUUGAGGUCUAUCAUACCACUGACAGAUAUGGCUUUAUUCAUGAUAAACGGUUACCAUCGAAAGUGGAUCCACAAGAAGCCAAAAGACUUCAGAUUGAAGUAGAACGGCAGAAGAAAUGGCUGAAAAUGCUCAAGAAUUGGGAUAGUCCUACAAGUAAAGAAAAAGUACAUUCUAGAGUUUAUAAAGGUAUCCCUAAUUCUCUUAGAACUGAAGCUUGGUGCAAAUUAUUAGAGCUAGAUAAAAUAAAAAAGGCCAAUAGAAACAAAUAUGUAGAAAUGAUGGGUUUAGCCAGAAAAUACUCUACAGAUGCCAGGCAAAUAGAUUCCGAUGUAAAUAGACAAUUCCGAGAACAUUUACAUUAUAGAGAGAGAUAUAGUAUCAAACAGCAAUCAUUAUUUAACGUUCUAACGGCUUAUGCUAUGUACAAUUCUGAAGUAGGCUAUUGUCAAGGUAUGUCAGGCAUCGCAGGUGUUUUACUGAUGUAUAUGGAUGAAGAAGAUGCUUUUUGGGCUGUGCAUAUCUUACUAACGAAUCCCAAGUUUGCAAUGCAUGGGCUGUAUAAGGAGGGGUUUCCCAAAUUAACUAGGUUCCGUUUAAUCUAUGCCUACGAAUAUGGGAUAUUUAUUUAUUGGAUGGUGAGAGAGUAAUAACUGCGAUGGCCUACACGAUACUCAAACUACAUAAAAGGCCCUUACUCAAACUGUCGGAUAUGGACUCAAUUGUAAAUUAUAUUCAGGUUAAAUUGUAUAAAGACUUUCAAUACGACGAAGACUCAGUGAUCCGCCAUCUCGAAACGUCUAUGGAGGAGCUGAAGAGACACAAACUCGACCUCCCUGGUCCUCCCACCAAAGACGAACUCCCAGGAGGCGACUUCGGUUUAUUCAAACCUCCCACAUUCGAACAAAUAGUUGGAAUACGAAAAGAUCAAUUUACCAACGAAGAGAAACAAAUGAACGAAAUAGUUUUGUUGACCAGCGAGGCGGCUAAGGAGGCUGUGGACAAGGACGUGGACUGUCAGCUGUCAGUCGCCGAUUCGGUCGGAUUUACAGGCUCGAAAUUCUCAUUCGAUCCAAGCAUGGACGACGCCAGUUCCCUCUUGGAUUGCGAGCACACCGGCUCCAGAAGAUCUCUAGCAGAUACCAGUGUAACGUCAACGGCCGACCUAUCAGUAUUCUCUACCAUAACGCGCUCACAAGCUCACGAGAACAGCUUGGACACUCACAGCAAUAUGUCGGACAACUCAGUGGGCGGAGCCAGCUCUGCCGGAUCGGGCAUAGGCGCGACUAGUAGCUUGCAGAGGGGUGUAUCAAGUCACUCGACCCCUAGAGCUACUCCGAGGAAUCCUUCGCCUGACGUCUUACGGAUUUACGUUCCAUAUACUCCGCUGGAUACACCCAUAGCUAGUCCUCAUAACGGUGAUCUGUCAAGAGCCCCGUGUACUUUUUUAGAUACGAAUAAAAUUAGGAUCAAAAUAGAUAACGAUGAAUUGCCGACUCCUUUGGUGGAACACGGUCAGAUUAAGAAUUUCAUUUUGGAGAGCCCUAUCGAUUUGAAAUAGACGAGAUAUUUUGAGUAAUAAGGAUGCGCUAUUGUCGGGUCACACAUAUUUUCAAGGAAUUUACUUACGGGGACUAGAAAUUGAAUAAAAAUUCUAGAGAAUAAAAGUUUGUGCUCAUCUUUAUUUAUUAAAAAAGAAGCGUGGAAGAACCUAAUAUGAAAACUAAAAAUUAUUCUUUAUUUACAAUAUCUUAUGUGCGUGUAAAUUCUUAAUUGUUAAUAGACACAGAAGAUGUCAAUAAAUUUUUAUAUAGGGUGUUUCAUUAAGAAUGUCCAAUCGUUGAGUUGUAGAUUCUAGAACUCAAAAUAUUAAAAUUUAACCCAAAUCACUUAGAUAAAAUGUGGCUCCUUACCAAGUUACAGGCUUUUUUAUUUAUUUAUAAAAACUAUUUUUACCCAGUACUUUAAAACUAUUUAAAAUAUCGUUAUCAUACUUGGCAGAAAGUGUGGCUACUAUACACCCUACUAAAUUAUGAUAAAUAAACGUUUCUAGCUACUACCAAAGGCGUACGACAGGGGAUAGUGAAUGGAAAAUAGGAGAAUUGCUAUUUUAGCGCUUUUUUCGAUUCUCCAAUACUUUCUAUGAAAAUAAUAUACUUGUCAUUGGUAACGAUAAAGUCAAUAAGUUUUCGAGAUAUUUGAAGCUAAAAAUGAAACGGCGCAGUUAGUUUGAAAUAUAAUAUGAUACGAUUCAUAUGAUUAAUAUUUAAAAACUAUUUGUACCCACUACUUUAAAACUAUUUGAAGUAUCCUUAUUAUACUUGGCAGAAAGCGUAUGUACAGUACCCCAUACUAAAUUAUGUUAAAAAUCUUAUCUGGAUACUACCAGAGGCGUACGACAAGGGAAAGUGACUGGUUGACCGUUCCCAAAUUCUACGCCACUGACUGAAUGCUAUUUUAGUGUAAUGUUUAGAUAUUACAAUACUGUUUAUGUAAAUAAUAUACUCUUAAUUCUUAAGGAUAGAAUCAUUAGUUUUCGAAAUUAUUUGAAGUUAAAAAUGAAGCGACACAAUAUUUAUUUAUUUAUUUAUUAAGCGCAACAGGCCUUGUAGGCCUAGGGCUAAAAUGUUUACAUUUCUGAUUACAUAAAUAAUAUAGUAAAUAACUUAAUAUAACUUACUUAACUUAUAAAUUUUAUUUAAAUACACUUCAGUCUUUUUAUACACUCCUUCACAACCUCUCUCCAUCUCCUUCUGUCCAAUGCUAGUUCUUUCCAUCUCUCAAUGUUACUUUUCUUCAAGUCUUCAUAUACACUGUCCUUCCAUCUUUUCCUUGGCCUGCCUUUCCUCCUCUUUUGUAUUGGUCUUCGUGAAAGUACCAUUUUUGGCAUUCGUUUACUUCCCAUUCUCUCUAUGUGCCCCAAGUAUCGUAUUCUCUGUGCUUUGAUCGUCGUCGUAAUCGUUGGCUCUUGAUAUAGUUCUUCCAAUUCUUUAUUGGUUCUUCUUCUCCACUGACCUUCUAUUUUCACACCUCCAUAUAUUGCUCUUUGCAUUUUUCUCUCCCAUCUUUAACAGGUCUGUUUC